GAACAGUCCGGUCACGGAUCAAGCAGCGCUCCAUCACUAAGGGAAUUUAUGUAUCGACUUUUUGGAAUGUACCGCGCCAACGUGCUUUCAGUGCACCAAGGACGCUAAAGGACAAAGUUGAAUGCACAACUUCUGCGUAAAAGUGUUUUGUGAAGGUUUUGGUAUGACUUGACUCACCAAAGUUUGACAGCUGCGUGACCCCCUGUGGUCUCCAUUUACUCAGCGCGUUUGCACUCUCACUUUGUUCGGUCUCUGGUCCGAAGUGGCGCUGCAGGACGCACGAGGAGAGCCGAUACGCACAAAGAUGGAUGUAAUGGAUGCGUUACCUGUAUUUGGAUCAACGUGAUGUGCCAAGUUGAGAAAAGGAGAACGCUUUAACUCUUCAGCAUUUUGUUUCACCUCAACCGUAAAAAUCACAAAGAAACAUGCUUUUAACAACUUUAGUCGUUGUCCUGUCUUUGCAAGACGUUGGGUUAAGUUUGAAAGGCGACGGUGCGUCCCGAUCAGUGCCAAUGGACUGCGUAAAGGCCAGUGAGCAGUGUCUGAGGGAGUACAGCUGCAGCACCAAGUACCGGACCAUGAGGCAGUGCGUGGCGGGUAGAGAGAGUAACUUCAGCGCGGUGACUGGCCCCGAGGCUCAGGGCGAGUGUCGCAGCGCCAUCGAAGCCAUGAAGCAGAGCCCGCUGUACAGAUGCCGAUGCAGGCGAGGCAUGAAGAAGGAGAAGAACUGCCUCCGGAUCUUUUGGAGCAUAUUCCAAAGUCUACAAGGUAAUGACUUGCUGGAGUACUCCCCGUAUGAACCUGUGAACAGCCGCCUCUCUGAUAUCUUCCGCCUGGCUCCUAUUAUCGCCGCCGAGCCUCCGUCCACAAAAGAGAACAACUGCCUGAGCGCGGCCAAAGCAUGCAACCUGAACGACACGUGUAAGAAGUACCGCUCCGCUUACAUCAACCCGUGCACCAGCCGCGUCUCCGCCUCCGAAGUCUGCAACAAACGCAAAUGCCACAAGGCCCUGCGACACUUCUUUGACAAGGUGCCCACCAAAUACAGCUACGGCAUGUUGUUCUGCUCGUGUCCGGCAGGGGACCAGACAGCUUGUGCAGAGCGCCGCAGGCAGACCAUUGUACCUGUGUGUUCUUAUGAGGACAAGGACAAGCCAAACUGUCUGUCCCUCCAGAACACCUGCAAGGCCAACUACAUCUGCAGGUCGAGAUUAGCAGAUUUCUUGAGCAACUGCCAACCUGAGCCACGUUCCAUCUCCGGCUGUUUGAGAGAAAACUACGCGGACUGCCUCCUGUCCUACUCCGGCCUCAUUGGUACAGUGAUGACACCCAAUUACGUGCGCUCGCAGGGGAUCAGCCUGUCACCCUGGUGCGACUGUAGCAGCAGCGGCAACAACAAACCCGACUGCGAUAGAUUCAACCAGUUCUUUUCAGACAACCGCUGCCUCCGUAAUGCCAUCCAGGCGUUUGGCAAUGGCACAGACGUGGGAGUGUGGCAGCCUCAGCCCCCCAUCGAGCCCACGGAGCCAGGCCUGACCCGGACCAGGACCAGAGACCAGAACAGUAACUCUCUGGACACGUUAACGGACAUGAGCAGACUCGACCUCAACUCAGACUCCGCCUUCAACACCUGUGGGAUGCAGGCUCAGAAACUGGUGUCUAAUGUUUCCAUGGACACGACCCUUUGUGUGAACCACCCUCUGGAUGAGUCCAGCUCAAACGCUAUAGCUCGCAGUGGCUCACAUGGACCUCCGAGUUCACAUCCACUUACUCUUCUCCUGGCGAUUCUCUUUUCUUUACCAUCAUCGGUCAAGUUUUACGAAGGAUUCAGACUUUGGUAGAAUCCAAAGACGAGAAUUCCUGUUUCUCAAGAACUAAAAGAAAAUAUUUUGUCUUGAUCGCUGGCCCUGGUUUGAGUGUGGACAUGAUUUCCCAGACUAUAAAAAAACAUGUUGACAAAAUGGCCGAACAGGCUAUAAACUAGACUGUGGUUACAUGUUGAAAAGACUGGGUGGACUUCAAUACUGUGUCAUGACAUUCUGGAUUUAAAUACAUUCAAAUGGAGGGCAUUGUGGACUACUCUCUGCUUCUUGUGCUGUGUGUGUCCAAGCACCACUUUGGAUCAAAAUUAUAAGUAAAACAGAAAUGCUGCUCAGUGGAUCAUGUUAAACAAAAGUAGGUUUAUUUUAUUGAUGUAACAACUAUCAAGUCCUGAGAACGUUUGGUUCAAAAUAUCUUCACAGAACAAAACACCAACAUAAACAAAUAGGAGUACAGUACUUGUUUCAACAGUUUAGGGCCAGUUUCUAUAUUGUAACUGUGGACUUGACCAUGUGGGGCUGUGUAAAGUUUUCCCAAAAGCUUAAAGAAGACAUAUUAUCUCAUGUUUUGAAUUAUUCAUGUAUGUUGGAGUCAUCUUUAUUUUCCUGCAUUUGAGACACAUUUCGGUACAAAUGAAAAAGAAUAAAGAACAAAUCACUUCAAGUCAUUUAUGAAGUCUUUUUUAAUCAAUAUGUAUGUCAAAAUGUUCAAAAUAUAACAUUACUAUACAGCAGACAAACGCAUAAUAUGUCUUCUUUAACUCUGUGUCAAAGUCCUGACUUCUGCUUCUCAGAUCAAAAGAGAACUACGCCAAGGAAGCCCAGGGUUAGGCUGCGUUCACACCUGCACAUUCACCGCAUCCAGCUUGGGACUAAACCAGGACUAAACCCCGACACUAAAGCAGGACUAGACUAGACAAGGACCAAACCAAGUCCGCAUCCCGGGCUCUAACUUAGGACCAAACGGUGUGUCUCAUUCCAGAUAGAUUGUCACACACAUUUUGUCUGUACAUAGAAAUCCCAGUGAGCAUACAAACAUGAGGUGUGCACUCUGUAACAGUACGCUGCUGCUGUGAUGAGCUUGUAUCAUAUUGUGUGUGCUGUUUCUAGCGUCUGGUAGUGUCUAUGGAGAUAAGGCCUCGGAGCUGUAGCUUAAACACUACCACUUUUAAUAAGACCUGACUCUAGUCUGUUCUAUUUUCAUCACGAGUGAAUAGUGUAUAUUUAUGGAGGAUUAACUGUAACAUGAAGAUCUAACAAAUGUAUUAAAUGAUAAAAA